CCCCAAGCAUCAUUAGACAGCGUUGAGGGAGUCGAGGGCGAAAACAGUCGCGGUGGGAAGCAGCGCUGAAGUUAGAUGGCCCUUUCCUUUGUCGCCGUCUUCCUCUGCUUUCGAAUUGGACUCGGCCUGUGUCGGAAACAUUGAACCUAAGCGACCUCUUUGCGAUUUACAUGCAUUCACCCAAAGCAUCCAAACACACGCUUCUGUUCAGACCCUUCCCUGCGGCAAUGGAGGAAUCGGUGACCACGUUUGAGACGCAUUUGACGGCGGUCAUGGACGGCCUCAUCCGGGCGUCCGUAUGCGAGAUCACCAAACUGUUCCAGGAGACGGUGGCAGACUACCUGGUGGAGCUUUCCCUCAACCGAAAGGAAAACGACGCUCUCAAGCUGCGCCUGAGGCUCACCGAGAACAAGUUGAGGACGGAACGCAUGUACGGCGCCGGCUGGGCUGCGAGCCGCCGCAACGCCGGACCCGUGGUCGCGGAAGAAGGACGGCACAAACGGAAAGUUGAGAAGGAACCAGGCAAGUCAAAGAAGGGCCCUGCAGCAGCCUAUCGUAGAGGCUGGUCUGGAGGCAUGUGGGAGGAAGGCGGAGGAGGCGCUAUCGCUGGAGGAGGUGCAGCAGCAUCAGCGGUGGUGGCAGCAGGACAAGGAGAGAAAGAUUCCAAGCAGAUGUACCUGGUCCAGCUCCCCAGGGGUGACGAGGAUGAGGAAGGCAUGGUGCGGGAUGAGGAAGGGGAAGGCAGUCUCGGCUGUGAGGGGGAGGAGAUGACCAGCAUAAAAGAGGAGUUUACCCAGAACGAGGGAUAUCAGCCAGCUUCUCUCAGGAUGAUCAAGGAGGCUCUGAAGAUGGAUCGGCCAAACCACAACUUCCGGGAUAUUUCCAGAGCUCAAAGUGAAGAUUAUCCCUUGAGCCUCACAUCUGCCAAGAAAGAGGACAAUGACUGGGACAUGGGCACGGUGGAGCCAUCGGAGGGCGGUAUGACUGUGGACGAGCUGAGGGGCCUGGAGUCUGCACUGAGGGCCGAGCGAGGUCGCGAGCAGGCCGCUAUGACGGCCUCCCAGCCCGCAGGCCCCACGUCGGAGGUGGCGUUAGGGACCAAGCUCGGCUUGCCUGCCAAGUACAUCGGACUGGACGGCAUGGAGCAGGACGGAGAUGCGGCGCCACAGCCGCCCACGCUGCAGCGAGAGGACCAGUUAGGCAGAGGCCGGGCGAAGGACCGCGUGAAGGGCCACAUGAGGCCAGGGUCGCUCGGGUCAGGCAGAGUCAGGAAGAUGCGAGAAAGCGAUUUGGCACUGAACGGAGAGGAUGGAGCGGAGCAAGGGGAAUCUGAGCGCCUGCAGCCGUCUGCAGCAGGAAGCGCGGGCGAGAGCGGCGGCGAAGAGGACGCCGCCCCCGACCUGCUUCACUUCUGCCCUCAGUGUGGGGGCGGCUUCACUACAGAAGCUGAGAUGGAGGAGCACCCCUGCCCGCUAGGCGGCGCCCAUUUACAGAACAGUGUCGGUGAGGAGAACGUUUUCCCUUGUGCCCACUGUGGAAAUACAUUCAGCCACGCGUGGGCGCUCAAGAACCACGAGUGCGCCUGUGCUGCCGAGAGGCCUCACUGUUGCGAGAUCUGCGGUAAGCGCUUCACGCACUCUCGUUCCCUAGAGCGACAUCAUCUGGUGCACACGGGUGAGAGGCCGCACCAGUGCCCGUUGUGCGGGCGAAGCUUCAGCCGCCUCGGGAACCUGGAGCGCCACCAGAGGAUCCACACGGGCGAACGUCCUUACGGAUGCGAGGCGUGCGGCAAGCGCUUCAGUCGAGUGGAGUACUUAAAGAGACACCAGCUGAUUCACAACGGCGAGAAGGCUUCAAUGCAGUGCUCUGCCUGUGGCGUGAACUUCUGUGAUGUGGAGCAGCUGAAAAGCCAUCAGUGUUUUUGAAAAAGAGUUAUGUGGAAGAAGCAGCUUUUUAACUGAAUGUGGUAGCAUUUAGUUGACUAACGUGUGUUUCUCAGUGGUUUGCGGUUCUUCAAGUCUGACGAGAACUUAAGCAGCUAUAAGCUAGUUAGCAAGCUAUCAUUUCAACCGAAGCUAUUCGUAUUUGUAUAAAGCCUGUACGUAUUUAUUAAAACAAAAUGUACAUUUAUAUGUUUGUAUUGACACUUGGAAGAGGUCAGUGUUUUUCUCCACUUUAGAGGAAUGGCUGUAUUUUGUACAUUUGUCUAUGGUCGGCAUUGAGAAAUAAACACUUCAGUCCGUCAGAACACA